ACCUUUCACAGAAGCAACAUUACUCACGUCUUUAAGGAGAAAAGUCCGUUUGAAGACCCAUUCUUCAUCGUGGAGACUAUUUGCAUCUGCUGGUUCUCUUUUGAACUCUCUGUGCGCUUCUUUGCUUGUCCCAGCAAAGCUGCCUUCUUCAAAGAUAUCAUGAACAUGAUUGAUUUUGUAGCAAUCAUACCGUAUUUUGUUGCUCUGGGCACAGAACUUGCCCGUCACAGAGGGGUGGGCCAGCCAGCCAUGUCACUGGCUAUCCUUAGAGUUAUCCGUUUGGUUAGAGUAUUUCGUAUCUUCAAGCUGUCUCGACACUCCAAGGGAUUACAGAUCUUGGGGCAAACACUUAAAGCAAGUAUGAGAGAGUUGGGGUUGCUCAUAUUCUUUCUCUUUAUUGGAGUUAUCCUCUUCUCCAGUGCUGUGUACUUUGCUGAAGCUGAUCAUGAAGGUACAAAGUUUACCAGCAUCCCCGAGGCCUUCUGGUGGGCGGUGGUCACCAUGACAACAGUAGGUUAUGGAGACAUGUCUCCAGAGACAGUAGGUGGAAAAUUGGUGGGUUCUCUGUGUGCCAUUGCAGGUGUCCUAACCAUCUCUCUUCCUGUACCAGUCAUCGUAUCCAACUUUAGCUACUUCUACCACCGUGAAACCGAAUGUUCAGAUAUUGGCCAGUACAACCAUGUUGGCUCAUGUCCAAAUGGUCCUCCACAUACACCAAAGCCUAAAGCAAAGGAUAAGAGCCCAGAGCUGGACAAAUUAAAGAACUCUCACAGUAAUUCCAAGGCAGAAUUACUUGAUGGACUUGGACCUGUGGAUGAUAAAAAUAUGAUUGUGGGACAGUCACAUAUAAUAACCCAAGUGUGA